AUGGGCAUCCACAACUGCCUGGGGGACGAUGGAGAAUAUCCCCUUGUGAUUGUAAUGACAUUUACGGUGCUGUUUUUUGUGUUCCUGUUCUGCGGCUUGACUUUGGCCCAGGAGGAUGCUAACGCUACUGACACAGAAAUAAAUAGUCAUACGCAGUUUGCCAACUUGCCUGACACGUAUGAGCUUCUGAGAGAGUUUGGUGCCAUGGAGGAAAAACUGCAGACUGUUGAAACCAGACUGCAGGACAGUGAAAACCAGAUUAUGGAUCUGAGAAACAAAGAGAGAACCAAGGUAAUAUUCAGUGCAGCAACAGGUGGCAAUGGAACAAUCGGACCAUUCAACACAGAUACAACUUUAAUCUACAGAAGAGUGAUAACAAACAUCGGUGGAGCCUACGGUCAAUACACAGGUAUCUUCACUGCACCGAUUGCAGGUGUUUAUUACUUUACCAUCUUCUAUCAUGCUGGAGGAGAGCAUAAGGCAAAGCUGAACUUGUACAAGAACAACCAGCUGAUGGUGGUGACUCAUGAUCACCAGUCAAACUCUGACACAGCUGAUAAUGGUGGAAAUGCAGUGUUCCUGCAGCUGCAGCAAGGUGACCAGGUGUAUGUCCAGUUGCCUGCAAACUCACAUGUUUGGGGAACUAACCACCACACAACGUUCAGUGGUUUUUUGGUCACUCAAAUAUGAGAAUGGAUAAAUAAUUUACCACUUUAUUGUGAUACAGAAUCAUUUCUGACCAUUAGAAUUUAAAUUCAGAUGUCUAAAAAGAAGGCAGUCACUCACAAUGUAAA